AUGACGUGGGAGCCUCCUCGCUCUUUGUCCAACUGGUCCAAUCUCACUGUUGAAACACGUACUGGGACAUUUAUUGGCAUGUACAAUGGUACUUAUCCCAAUGUUCGGCAAUUUUUACGCGUUCCUUUUGCCAAGCCCCCAGUUGGAGAUCUCCGAUGGCUUCCCCCUCACAAGCUCGAUAACUCGAGUAGGAAAUAUGACUCGACCAGAUAUGGCCCAGCUUGUCCGCAGUAUGUGUCUGCAGAAACCAGCUUCUGGAAUGAAUAUGAGCCUCCCAACCUGCUGAUCAGCAUUGGUGAAGCUCUUAACCAGGGAUCCACGGCUUGGUCUUCGUCUGAAGAUUGUCUGUCUCUUGCUGUCUGGACUCCUGCCUUUGCUAAUCGUACAUCGCGGCUUCCUGUGGCGCUGUUUGUCACCGGGGGAGGAGGCAUCACUGGUGGUAUUGAGAUCCCCUCUCAACUGCCUACUCAGUGGGUGUCACGAUCUCAGGAGCAUAUUGUGGUUACGAUCAACUAUCGAGUGAAUAUUUUUGGGAAUCCCAAGUUUAGGGCUUUGAAUGACACGUCGCUGUCCUUACUCGAUGUGAGGGCUGCGGUGGAAUGGGUGCACGAGAAUAUCCAUGCCUUUGGGGGUGAUACAAACAAUAUCAUGCUCUGGGGACAGUCACAGGGUGCACUGUUAACCCAUCUAUACACACUCGCCUUUCCCGACGACCCUCUUGCAGCAAAAUUUGGUGUCAUUUCUCAAGGGGCCUCGGCCACACUUAACCUUUCAACAGCAGGAGAUGUCUACCAGGAUUUCGAUAUCGUUGCCAAAGGUCUGGGUUGCAACUACGGAGACGAUGCUGAAGCUGAGCUUGAAUGUAUGCGCCAGGUGUCUUGGGUUCAGAUUGAGGAAUAUAUCAAUCGAUAUAACAACACCCCUUCGAUUGCUUUCACUAACUAUAUUCCCGACGAAAAAUACAUCUUCUCCAAUGAGACGCAGCGAUACGCAGAGGGAAAAGUAGCCAGGGGACCAUCGAUCCGGUCUGAUGCCGCUAGAGAAUUUCCCGACCAAAACACCACCUCGGUUGACGUUUCUGAAGGGGUUGCUGACUGUCUCGCGUUAUCCGAUGCUAAAUUGCGCUCCUCACUCGGGCUGGAUACAUAUCGCUACUAUUGGGCGGGCAAUUUCUCUAAUAUUAGUCCUGUUCCCUGGCUUGGUGCCUUUCAUUGGACAGACCUGCUGAUGAUAUUCGGUACGUACGGCCUUGAUGUGGGUGGAAUUACCCAGCUGGAAGUCGACACGUCUGCUACGAUGCAGGAUUUUCUCCUAGCAUUCUUGAAGGAUCCCGCGACUCUCAACACGACCGUCAGGUGGAAAGCCUUUGAUCCAUACGGCGUAGACGGGGGUUAUGUUCUCGAGUUUGGUAAUGGCACGGCUGUAAAGAACGUCACAGGAAACUGGCUCGAUGCGGGCUGCUAUAAUUCGUCGAUUGCAUUUCGCAUUGAUAGCUAAGAAAACCGAGCACGCUUAGCUAGAAUCAAGAUUCCGUGGCAUUUUCGCGGGUUGCUUCGUGUUCGCUGCACUGUUUCUUGGUCCUUGGCCCGGUGGGAGCCAGUCAGAAAUAGAGAUCUUCUUCCAG